GCAAGACCGGAAACCUUCAGUCAGUUAGAGGAAAUGGCAAGAAACAAAAAACACAGCUUUACUUAAUCACGUUUGGUGCCGCAUUGACAACGCUGCUCCGUGACAAAGGAUUUCUUUUUGAAGAACCAGUGCAUCACCGAAGAACUACUGUCCGUUGAGUGCAGAGAGAGAUAGACAGACAGACAGAUAGAUAUAGAUAGGUGUCACGUUACCAGCGAGGCAUUGCACUAUGCUCAUUUCCUGAGCAAGAACAUUUAAACGGAAGAGAUUCAGUGGUGUGUUCAUUGUUACGCGUGAAUGCAGUAGCUGCUGAAGACGCUGGUCCGAAAUCCUCUGGCACUGGGUUAUUUUUGCAAGCUUGGUCUCUGUAAGUUGCUGCCUAAUUAAAACUUGAAACAGACAAUGGACAACUGGAUAUAUUUUGCAUCAACAGCCUACUCAGGCAAUCUGAGUCAAAAUUGAAGAAAAAGCAAGGAUAAGAUCACUGUUUUGUUAGUGUUUUACCCCAUGUUGUAAACAGUGUCUUCUUCCUUUGAGUAGAGCACCGCUCACCCUGGAUUAGGGUGCUCAUCUGCCUUUCUUUUUCUUCUGUGUUUUUUUUUAAGUUUUCUUGUGCUCGAUCACUGCCUGCCAUGAGAUUCCGAAUUUACAAGCGCAAGGUUUUUAUAUUAACUCUGAUAGUUGUAGCCUGUGGCUUUGCCUUCUGGAGCAGUGGGAGGCAAAGGAAAGGCGAGAUGUUCACCAGAGACACCGAGGUGGAGAGAGGUGACCGGGGACAAAGCACGUCUGUCCACAGAAAAGUGUGGAACGAGACACUACCGGACAAGGGGCAGAAACCCGAGGUGGACAACAUGACCUUGGUUUAUCGGGGGAUCGUUUACCAGCUGAACUUUGACCAGACCAUCAAGAAUGCGGAGAAGUUCACCAGCCGUCCGAAAGAUGACCUGGUCGUGGUGGUCCAAGUCCACAACCGACCCGAGUACCUGAGACUGCUAGUAGACUCUCUUAGGAAAGCCAAGGGCAUUGAAAACGUGCUGCUGAUAUUCAGCCACGACUACUGGUCCCCGGAUAUUAAUCAAGUGGUCGCUACCGUCGAUUUUUGCCAAGUCCUUCAAAUAUUCUUCCCUUUUAGCAUUCAGUUGUACCCUCAAGAGUUUCCCGGAAACGACCCUAAAGACUGCCCGAGAGACAUCCCCAAGAAAGAUGCCUUAAAACUGGGCUGCAUCAACGCAGGUUUCCCGGAUUCGUUCGGCCAUUACCGAGAAGCAAAGUUCUCCCAGACUAAGCACCACUGGUGGUGGAAGCUGCAUUUCGUCUGGGAACGGGUGAAAGCCUUGAAAGACCACAGCGGGUUGGUUUUGCUCAUUGAAGAGGACCACUACCUGUCACCAGACUUCUACCACCUCCUCAAGAAGAUGUGGAGCCUGAAGAAUGAGCAGUGCCCUGACUGCGACGUUUUUUCACUGGGCACUUACACCCAUGCCGGCUUCUCCCACAAGGCUGACAAAGUGGAGGUAAAAGCGUGGAAGUCGACUGAGCACAACAUGGGCAUGGCGCUGAGCAGAGACACUUACCAGAAGCUGAUGCAGUGCACAGACACGUUCUGCAGCUACGAUGACUAUAACUGGGACUGGUCCCUGCAGUACGUCACUGUCGCCUGCCUGCAGAGGUUCUGGAAGGUCAUGGUAAGUGAAGCCCCGAGGAUCUUCCAUGCUGGAGACUGCGGGAUGCACCACAAGGAAACCUGCAUGCCCCAAACCCAGAAAACCAAAAUCAUGAGCAUUCUGCAGAGCCAUGGCAACCAGCUGUUCCCCGAGACCAUCCUCAUAACCAAGAGGCUGCAGGUAGCUGCAGUUUCUCCGCACGUGAAAAACGGUGGAUGGGGAGACAUCCGAGACCACGAACUUUGCAAAAGCUACCGCAGGCUGCAGUGACAUUCCUUUCCAGAAACUUCCCACAAAAAGCUACCGCAGGCUGCAGUGACAUUCCUUUCCAGAAACUUCCCACAAAAAGCCUUUUGAAAUGUGUUUUUGUUUUUUUUUUCUUUUUCUUUACAGACUGUUUCUAUACUUAUUGGGAGUGAAGCAAAUAAAAGUACAAUGUCUCUUUUAAUAACCAAGUAAAAACAAGACGUCUUGUGGAAGUUCACAGCAGUCUUGUGGUUUUAUUAUUACAAGCAUGCUAUAUAGCCUUUUGCAGUACUAGGACCCCCCCCCCAUAAGCGAUCCUCCUAGCUUUCUGAAUCAAGAACCCAAAGGCUAACCCUAAGAGGAAUGUGAGCUGUGGUUUGGAAAGCAAGCCUGUGUGCAGCAUUCCCAGCUUUGUACAUGGGUAGCUCAUGUCUAUCAUUUAGCAGCAGGGUCAUUCCACGGUCUGCAGUUUAAAACAGCAUUCUGUUUAAAAUGGUAAAGCUGUAGGCGAAUGCAGUCAGACAAACACAGUGGCAUGACCAACUACUGAUACAACAAACCUGUUCAUUACAUAACUGUAGGGACUGCUGUUUUUCAGCGCUCUUUAAGGUACCAAACAAUCUUAUUGUAUAUUUAAAAUGAGUUAUGAAAGCUGUUCAAGGGUGUUUUGGGGUAAUGGAGAGCUUUCUGAAUUGACUGGCCAGUCCUGACUGUGUUCAGAUUUGAUGAGGUAACAUGUGUUCACAACCACCAGUCUUUCUUCAAGAAGUGCUAACCACAAGUCUGACUUGAUUUCUUCUUUCCACUGGUCCUUCCUGCCUUUCUUUUUCUUUUCUUGUGUUUUAUACUUUAGUUUGGAAUGUGCAGGCGGGUCAAAGACUGUGAAACAGUAAAGCUGCUGCUACUUCCUGGUGUGAAAUUGUCUGUCUGCAAGCUGGUCCAGUGACCAAACACCCAGGAAAUGAUUAAACACAGGGAUGAACACAAGACUCCCAUUGCAUAGCAGCUUGAUCCACUUCCCAAUGUUGCUAGGAGUUUAAUCAGAGACACCUGAGAUUGUUACACACUGUGGCUAAUCAGGCUCAUGUUAAAACCUGGAAUGGGGUGGAAAGUGCUAUGCAAUAGGAGUCUUAUAAUACCAAGAAGAAACCGUUCAAUUUGUUUUGAUGCACAGCAUUGUUUCUGGAAAAAUAUCUGUGAAUUAAAAUAUAUAAAUACAACAAAGAAUCAAAAGAUCUUUAAUACAGGAAACUAAUGAGGGCAAAUUAAAACCAUGAAUAGCACUCGUCUUCUGAGAGCUAACAGUUUAUAGACCACUGAGAAAGAAUAGCACUAAACAAACAACAGUGCAGUUCAAAUAAGCAAAAGGAAUGUCAAUAUUAACGUCUUGUCAUGUAAACGUUGUAUACAAUUUCACAGAACCCUUAGAGCCUAGAUCCACGCUUGUGGUAUGAAUGUGUCCACUGUUUCUAUUAUAAUAUCUAUAGAUUAAAACUGCAGUUAUUUUAAAUGGAAUUUUAACUGGAAACAAGAAGUGGGUGGCGUUGAUAAAAGAUGUGGCUUAACAGAAGUCUACUGGAAGCUGUAAUAGCAGUACAGUAGCGUUUCAUGCUACAUUUCAAAAUGUCACAUUUUUCAUCAGUUUUUUGAUAAGUACAUG